UCCACAAGAUGGCGGCCCCCAUGAAUGUUCCACAGCAUCACGUCCGAGGGGAAUAUUGUACCACGCGUUCGACCUAUAGGGAGGGGAGAUACCCAAAAGCAGUGAAAGUGUACACCAUUAACCUUGAAUCAAGCUACCUUUUGGUGCAGGGCGUAUCAGCUGUUGGAGCCACACAGGAGCUUGUCAAGUUAUUUGCUCUUUAUGGUGCAGUGGCAGAGUACAGAACUCUAGAUGAAUAUCCGACAGCAGACCAAUUUACUGAUGUAUUCCUGAUUAAAUUUGAGAAAAUCCAAGCAGCCAGAAUUGCCCGGAGAAAGUUGGAUGAUUGGUCAUUUUUUAGUGGUAUUUUGCAUGUUAGUUACGCACCAGAGUAUGAAAGUGUAGAAGAAACUCGUCAGAAACUUCAGGAUCGGCGAAAAUCCAUCGCUGCAAGGAUCAGGAAAAAUGAGGCUGAGAUUGGCAAAUCCAGAGGUAGCAACAGGAUGGCUAGUCAGUCACAGUCUGCUAUAUCAGGUCAGAGUUCAAGUUCUCAGGGUCAGAGGUCAAACAGUCAGUGGUCUGGUGAUAAAGGUCAAUUUCAGAUGAAGUCAUUCCAGGCUAGUAAGUCUUCAAAUUUGCCUAGUCACAUUGACAAACAUAAUAGAACUAGAGCUAGAGAGACACAAAGGCCUGCUGACAGCAUUCCUCAGUCUGAUACCCGUGUACCACCAUUACCAUGUACAACAGGUGCUCCGCCAUUGGAGGAGGAGAAACAGAUUUGGAUCCCGCCUCCACCUAAAGAGGUGCCUAACAGAGAAGGAAUUUCUCAUCAUUCAGCAUCGAGUUAUGAGUUUGCAAGAGUUAGGACAGCUCACUCAUUGUACCCACCCAAUUAUGAUGCUAGGAUUUCUACAAAAUCUGACAACACACAAAGUUAUAAUCAGAAUGCAUACACACAACAAAGGGAAGAAAACCCAGCCAGAAUGUCCAAGAGCAUUCCUCAAACUAAUGGUGAUUUCAAAGAAAUGUUUAUGAAAAGAAAUUUAUCAAAGGGAGAUAAAUCAGACAUAAAUUUGAAACAAGAAGCUUCCAAGAAUCAUGACUCUGAUCAGGAAGCAAAAAUAAGUUCUAAAGUUAAAAUGCAGGCUGGUGUUAUUGUCCGAACAUUCAAGCCUCAGACGGCACCCCCAAAGUUUGUACCACGACAGAUGAUGAAAUUAACAAAGAAAAGUGUGAAUAAUUCAGUUAAUACAUCAAAGGAUGUGGUCAACAAAGAGUUGCGACAGAAUGCUUUAAGACUUGGAGAAAUUCAGGGACCCGUGGCUCGGGGUCAGGAUGGUGUACAGGAACCAAGAAAACCGACAGAAACAGAGGAGUCGGUGGAGAAAACAAGGAUCCAGAUCAGAAAACGGGUCUCGGAGAUUACUACUGAAGAGAAAAGCAUUGCAAAGAAAGCCAAAUCCAGCUAACAGUACCUGGUCCUUGUUACAUCAUAUUAUAAGCAAGUCCAGCUAACUAUUUGCUAAUUCAAGCACUUGUUUUAAAUUCUAUUUAUUUAUUUGAACAUUAAUAAAAUGUCUUUGAAAAAUAUUUCUGGU